AAGCAAAGUUUACAUUUUCCAAAUCUUGGGAAGUCAUUUCAACAUUCAUUGUUAGAGACGUCUGCCAUCUUGUGAUCGCCAAUCGAAAUCAAGAUGGGAAUUUGUUUUUCCAAAUGCCGUGUUGAAGAUGAAUACACAGCAAAAUGCACAAAGCGUUCGUUGACAAGAAAUUGGAAGAAUAAGCAAAGACUGAAUUCUUCUACAAGGUCAAAGAGAACCAACACAGUUGCAGAUAUCAAGCCUUGUCUCGAUAUUUCCCAACCAUUUGCAACAUCGACACCAAGAGAAUGCCAGACAAAGAUGGUGCCGAAAAGCUACAACAUAUUUUCCGCCACCAAUGCUGUAACAUCCGAUUCACUGGUCCACGACGUAACCAUGAUCCACCAAGGACAGAUUGAUAAAGAUUCUUAUGAACUCGAAUCUGCCUCUGAUUUUUUCCCAGAUCCAGAAUCAGAUUUGAUAAUCGUCUCUGUACUAUCGGAUUUCGAAUCAGAUUGCUCUUCCAUUGAUUUUUCUGAUGUAGAAUCCGGUUGUGGAUCAGAUUCAUCGUGGGGAUCAAGUUUCGAGUCAAUCGCAAUAUCGGAUUUGGAAUAUAACGACAAAUGCGAAACAAACUCAGAAUUUGAAGAUGAAGAAGAGACUGAUCUCGACUUGACGAUUGUAACACAGAUGGAAUUUGAAGACUCAUUUUCAGUAAUGGGCUCGAGGCUAUCGUCAUUCAGAGAAGAAUUUGAUUAUCUAUCAGAGGUAGAAAUCGAGGACGAGGUGCGAUCAAGAAUUGGGGAUGAUCAUGGGAAACAGUACGUCGUUGAUGAAAUGGAUGAAUCGAAGAGGAAAUUUGAACUGAAGCAAAAAUCGGCACGACGGAGGUACAAGAUGGUUGCACAAGCUUUUGUUGGAUUCUUCAGAUCAGCGUGGAUGAAAAGUCGACGAGCUUUCAAGUUGUAGCUUUGAACGUCUUGAAAUCCAGAAACAAAACGUUACUUAAAAACUGUUAAAACGAAAUACAUGUUUAUAACACCAGAAACAUCAACUUUUGGGUUUCUCCCAUGCAAAGAAAAGGUGUGAUGGAAAUUAGUUUUCAAAAUUUCUGUAGUUGAUUUUGGACGGCUUUAUAAUUGUAAAUUAAAAUAUGUGUGGAUGAGUGCGAGUGAUAUCUGAAAUUGUCUUGUUUUUUAUGUUCUUCUCUCAGCAUCUUUAGAUAUUCUUUACCAUUCAUGGACUUAUAGACUUAUCAUUAACUUAAUUAAUUAAUAUUUCUUAUGUUCAAGAAGGAUAAGGAUAUCAUUUUUAUAUUAGUCAUACAAUAUCAGAUAAAGCCUUAUGGUCUUUUUAUGAAGAAAAACAGAAUGGGCAGUUUGAGCCUGUCAAUG